AUUCUUGUUCCGUUUGUUUCAGUGAAUUUGCAUUUAAUUUGAUUUAAUUUAAUAUAGCGCUGGUUCGAUGGAUGGUGUCUCAAUGUUUCAUGAAUUUGGAAUUAUACUUAUUGUCAAUUGUCAAUUUUCAACGUGUUUCUUUACUGCGUGAUGGUUAUUAUUAGCUGUGAAAUGUGUGAAGACUGUUAUUAUUGAGAGUAUGUGUGGUGAGUGCUGACUGUAGAAGGCAGCUCUGGGUAGCAUAGCUGUUAUGCUUUUUAUGAGGGAGAAGCGUUUGUUUUGGAAGAGUGGGUUUGAGAGAUUUGAGAGAGUUCUUAAUGGUUAGAUAAGGGGCAUCGUUGACAGGAUGUUUUCUCCUACAGUGUCUUGAUUGAAUUCAUUGAGAAAGGUUGGAGGGCUUCAUAUUGCUUAAAGACACCUCUCUACAAACAACUCAUUUUUUGGUAUGCACAUAUUUGCCUGGUCUCUAGCUUGUCUUGUCUUUUAUGGAAUUGGAAAUGACGAUUAUGCGGAGCAUUGCUGACAAAAAAAAAUAAAAGAGUGAUUGUUCUUUUGUCGAUAUAAAUAAUGUAUGGUUGUGUCGUGCUCUCGUUUUAGUAGGCCACUUUCUGCUAGUUAUAAGAGUACUUUCCCUUCAAUGGCUUUAUGAAUUCCAGAAACCGACAAUGUUUGCAACUGAAUGAAUGCACACGUUGGCCUUGUGUCAUGAGGUAUUGCAAUCUUUUCUCUCUAUUGCAGUUUCAUUUAAUUUUUUAUGCUGCAAGGCAUGCUGCUGUAUAAAAAAAGAACAUAUAAUUCAACUAAAAUUUCUUCUUAUUAAACCAUACAUACCAUAAGAUUAUGCAAGUUACUAUUUGCAAUUGGUGGAUGGGAUAGUUUGAGAAGCCUGCUAUGUUUCAAGUUGUCAGACAAAGGUAAGCACUUUUAACACAUUGUGUGAAUUUCAAACUCGAUAGAAUUUGUUAUUAUUCUCUUCAGGUUGUCAUUUCAGCUGGUGAUUGUUGGCUGUGCUGCCAUCUCUGUUAUGCUUUUGAUGUGUGGAAUUCCUCGUUAUCCCCCUCCUUAUGGAACUAUGGUUCGUCCUGUCUUUCCUCCACGCCCUCCUGGAGCAGUUAACAUACCUCCAAUAUCACGCCCACCUGUAGCAGGGAUUCCUACUGUUCGUCCAAUUAUUCCUCCUGUUGUCAGACCUAUGGUAGCGCCUAGUGCUACCCCAGCUGAGAAGCCUCAAAACACAGUUUACAUUGGCAAGAUUGCAUCAACUGUGGAAAAUGAGUUCAUGCUCUCUCUCCUUCAAUUAUGUGGAACUAUCAAGACCUGGAAACGUCCUCAAGAUUUAUCCACCGGAACACCUACCAGUUUUGGGUUUUAUGAGUUUGAGUCUGCAGAAGGGGUUCUCCGUGCCUUGCGACUCCUUACUAAAUUGAAUAUUGACGGGCAGGAACUGAAGGUCAAUGUGAAUCAAGCCAUGAAAGAACACCUGGAGCGGUAUGUUCAGAAAAAAGCUGAGAACUUGAACAAAGAAACUCAGGCAGGAGUAGUUGAGAAAGACGAAGGUGAACAAACUUCUAGUGCAAAUGAGGGUACAAAGGCUGAGAAAGAAUCCUCAAAUAAAGUGGAUAGUGAAUCAGCAAAUAAGGAAUCCCAUGAUGUGACAAACUUUGGGAUUGUCACUGAUGAAGAUAGAGAAGGGGAUCGUGAGGCUUUAGAAAAGAUCACAAAGAUGAUAGAGGAAAGGUUGAAGACAAGACCUUUGCCUCCACCACCUGCACAGCCAAGUGGUGAUGGUUCUGUGAAUUUAACCUCAGAACAACUUGUUAAAACAAGAGAGGGAGACUCUGUUGAUACAGAGAAGAAUGAAUCUGCUGAAAAUAAAAGUGAGAAAGAGACAAACAGUGAUAAACCUAGCAGUGAACGGGAUAGGUCUGAAAGCCCUGAUAGAAGACAUGAUAGAAAAAGCAGAGAGAGGGACCGAGAUAGGGAACUAAAACGAGAAAAGGAAAGAGAACUUGAAAGAUAUGAGAGAGAAGCAGAGCGGGAACGUAUUCGGAAAGAGAGGGAACAAAGACGAAGAAUUGAGGAGGCUGAACGUCAAUACGAAGCAUAUUUGAAGGAAUGGGAGUAUAGAGAACGAGAGAAAGAGAAAGAGCGUCAAUAUGAAAAAGAGAAGGAGAAGGAAAGGGAACGUAAACGGAGAAAGGAGAUACUUUAUGAUGAAGAGGAUGAGGAUGAAGAUUCUAGGAAGAGGUGGCGUAGAAGUGCGAUAGAGGAGAAGAGAAAGAAGAGGUUGCGUGAGAAGGAAGAUGACAUGCUUGACAAACUAAAGGAAGAGGAAGAAAUUGCUGAGGCUAAGAAGAAGGCUGAGGAGGAACAAAAACGGCAAAGAGAUGCUUUAAAACUAUUAACUGAGCAUGUGGUAAAUGGUGGUAACGAAAAUAUGAUUACUGAAGAGGUUACUGAUGAAGUCAAAAGUAAUGUUACUGAACAAGAUACUAUAGCUGAUUAUAGUCGUGAAGAUCAUACUGGUGAUGGGAAUGCACUAAAUGUCACCAGUGAUGAAUUAACCAUAGUUGCUCCAACUGAUACACAAGGUAAUGCUCCUACAAAAAAAUUGGGAUUUGGCCUAGUUGGUUCAGGGAAAAGAACAACUGUGCCUUCUGUUUUCCAUGAAGAGGAGGAUGAUGAUGCACACAAGGACAAAAAAAUGAGGCCAUUGGUUCCAAUUGAUUACUCAACUGAAGAAUUGCAGGCUGUUCAACCUACAGUGCCUGGUCCAACACCACCAAAUUUGGCUGCUGCUGCCGAAUUUGCAAAGCGCAUAUCCAGUACAAAUUUCAAGGAAGAUAAGCUGGAUGGAGAACGGGAUAGAAGUAGGCGUUCAAAUGAUAAGUCUAACCACCGUGAUAGGGACAGAAAUGAUGAAGAUGGUACUCACAACAGAGAUGAAAACAAGGACAGAAUUCCUGAACGUGACAGGGAUCGAGAUCAUGUAUCGGAGAAACUUAAGACUUCUGAUAACAAGAGGCUUUUGGAUGCUAAACAAUUGAUUGAUAUGAUACCAAAGACCAAAGAGGAGUUGUUUUCGUAUGAGAUAGACUGGGCAGUAUAUGAUAAGCAUCAACUGCAUGAAAGAAUGAGACCGUGGAUUUCAAAGAAAAUCAAAGAGUUUUUGGGGGAAGAAGAGACUACAUUGAUAGAUUAUAUUGUUUCUAGUACACAAGAACAUGUGAAAGCAUCCCAAAUGCUUGAUCGUCUUCAGAUUAUUUUGGACGAAGAGGCUGAAAUGUUCGUUCUGAAGAUGUGGAGGAUGCUUAUCUUUGAAAUAAAGAAGGUAGAGACAGGUCUAGCUCUGAGGUCAAAAUCAUGAUUUUUCAGUUUUUGUAUGUUAUUUCGUCACUUCUUCUAUUGGAUUGAUACCAUGACCCUUGACAUGUCUUUACCCUAAAUUGUAAAAUGGCUGCAUAAUCGUAAAAUUGCUUCAACAUUCAAGAAGUUAUUCGGAUAAACCUGUCAUCCAUGAGAAUCUGGUGGCAAAUUUUGUCAUGUGAAUAGUUUAGAGCUUUGAAUUUCUUUUAUAAUUAUCCUGGACUUGUGCUUU